AUGGGGCCUGGACAGACAGAAUUGGUUCGAGACGAGGAAUCCGAUGUCUUCAUGCUCGAUGCUCCUGGAGAACAUGUCAUGGCUCACGACCUGCUAGAACACAUUCUAGAUAAACAGGCUCGCGAUUUUGCGGCUAGGCUCCCUAAUGGCAAUGGCUUACUACCAGACAGUAUAGAUGAAUUAAAAUUCAAGGAAUCUCUCAUAGCAUCCCAGGUCGAAGAACCGAAGGAUGGGAACGAUGGUUCUGACAACGAAGGUCAUGAACCUGAUAUCGAUUCCGAUUCCGAGGAAGACCCCGAUGACGCUGCUAUUGUCACCCAGACCAAACGAAUAGCAAAAGCUAAACAAAAGCAGACCUUUGAAGAAUGGUUCUCCAAAAAGGCCUAUGAUAUUGAAACCAAUCCGAAGAAGCUGCCCCAGGAUAACGAACUGGUAUCUAUCAAAGACCUACUCUCUAAUACUGCGAAAGCAAUUAUUACAGAUCCUCGAGAGUACCAGUUGGAGCUCUUCGAAAGAGCCAAAAUGGACAAUACCAUAGCCGUCCUAGACACAGGGUCUGGAAAAACACUAAUUGCGACUCUCCUUAUCCGCUGGAUGCUUGAAUUAGAGCUCGAAGAACGAAAGAGCGGCAGAUCACCCAAAGUCUGCGUUUUCCUUGUCAACUCCGUCACCCUGGUCUUCCAACAGGCUGCGGUUUUGGAAUGCAACUUGGAUGCCCAAGUUGGGAAGUAUUGUGGUGAUAUGGGUACAGACCUUUGGACCAAAUCACAAUGGGACGCUAGGUUGAAAUCCGAUAGGAUCAUUGUCGCAACUGCGGAUAUUCUUUGGAACUGCCUGACGCAUUCUUUCAUUCGCAUGAGUGACAUCUGUCUCCUAAUAUUCGAUGAAUGCCACCACACCAAGAAGCAGCAUGCAUACGCAAGAAUUAUGAGAGAUUUCUACGAGACAGAGAAGGAGGAAAACAGGCCUCGUAUAUUUGGAAUGACGGCUUCCCCAGUAGACGCUCGUGUUGAUCCUGUUAAGGCCGCGCAUCAACUAGAGCGUCUUAUGCAUAGUCGUAUCUGUACUACGAGUAACCCAGCGUAUAUGAGGAAAUUCUUACCCAGACCCGAGGAGAUGACCCUCGAAUACCAAGGUGUUCCAACGCCAGUGAUAACAGAACUCAACUCCAAGCUUUCACCCUACAGGAACACCAAAUGUCUUUCUAGUAUAUUCGGAUUUAUCGAUAAUGUCGCUAGCCGUGACCUGGGACCUUGGUGUUCGGACUUUAUUUGGCAAGUCACGUUGACUGAACUAGAGUCGGCCCGACAGGAACGUCGCGCAGGAACGAACUCUGCUUCUAAUCAGCGGGAAGGUAGUGCGUUUAAUUUGGAGGACGUCGACAAGGAAAUCCAGUUAAUCAAGGAAGCGAGAGCUAUUGUCGAGGCGCAUGAGUUCCAGGAGCCAAGCUUAGGAUCGGGGUCUUUUAGUCCAAAACUUUUUAUCCUGCUACGCUUUCUGGUACACGCCUUCGACCAGCAUCCUGAAUACAAAUGCAUCAUUUUUGUUACCCGACGACACACUGCACAAUGUAUCCAGGCAAUUUUCAAGAAAGUCUUCAUACAACAUGGAAGAGACCACCUUAUCAGGUUGGGAACCUUAGUCGGGAGCAGUGGCCAACAUGGAACCGAUAGCAUGACAUUCAGAGCACAGACUCUUGCUCUACAUCGCUUCAAAAAAGGUGUCACGAACUGCCUUAUUGCAACUGCAGUGGCUGAAGAAGGUUUAGAUGUUCCGGAUUGUAAUUUGGUGAUCCGGUUCGAUCUCUACGAUACUAUGAUCAAAUACGUCCAAUCCCGCGGCAGAGCUCGACACGCUACUUCAACCUACAUCCAUAUGGUCGAGCAGAAUAACUGGACACAUAAAAGAAUGGUACAGGACGGCCAAGAAGCCGAGAAAAUCAUGAAGGAGUUCUGCAGCAAGCUACCAGAGGAUAGGUUGUUAGACAAGCAGGCUCCAACAGACAUUUUCGGACCUGAUCCUACUGAUGAUAUGACUUAUAUCGUCCCAGAAACUGGUGCUAAAUUGACCUUAAACUCCAGUAUGCAAAUUCUAAACCAAUUUGCAGACCAUCUAGGAACUGAAGAAGGGAUAGCGAGUGAACAUGUCAUGUACAUUGUCCAAGCCCAACCUGGCCAUGGCUUCAAGUGUGAAGUCAAAAUGCCUGAAAUAUCGCCUAUUAGGUCCGUCCUUGGUGAUACCGCUCGAUCCAAGGGGGCAGCAAAGCGCCACGCAGCCUUCGAGGCUUGCAAAAAACUCCAUCAUGGCAAAUAUUUGGACGACUACCUCAUGCCAAUCUACACAAAGAGGCUUCGUCCUAUGAUGGCGAAUGCUCACCUUGCAGUUGACUCUCAUAAAUUGAGUUCCUACCCAUCCCAAAUAAAACCAUCCUUCUGGGAUCGUAAAGAACCCCCGGUACCAACAAGGCUCUGGGCUACUUGUCUCACCCUAAGGCACCCGAACCAGCUUGAGAAACCAAGUCAAGGAAUAUGCCUUGCAACCCGAGACAAGCCUCCCAAAUUCCCGUCCUUUACGCUUUAUUUUGAUCGUGGCGGACAAUCACUUGUUGAUUGUGUCACAAUGGACGAUCCUAUUAUAUGCGAUGAAAACAAAAUUAAACAGUUCAAUGAGUUUACGUCUCGUUUCUUCAUUGAUAUUUUCAAUAAAGAGUUCGAUAUACAGACAGAAAAACUCCCAUACUGGGUUCUCCCUAUUAAGCUCAACAAAACGGUCACAUCCGCCUCUUCCAUUGACGAUAUGAUCGACUGGGAGCUUGUAAUGAAUGUGUUCAAGAACCCCGAAGAAAAUUUUGACCUCGCGACUACACCCCCAGAGUUUUACUUUGGGAAGUUUGUCAUAGAUCGUCGACAAGGCUCCCGGAGAUUCUAUAUACUCGAUCACGAACCGAAAUACCAUCCUUACGAUCCGAUUCCUGAGGGUGCAUCGAACGCCCCACAUACGGUCAGCAUCAUUGACUACAGCUACUCAGCAGGAAAGAAAGGAUGGCAGAGAUGGGUUGGAGACCUCCCUCCAGAUCAACCUGUUUUAAUCGCUGACCGUGUCUUGCACCGCCUCAAUUUCCUCGAAAGGCCAACCGAGCGAGAAAAAACACAGAAUACCAUGGCCUAUGUUGUUCCUUCCCCGUUCAGGGUAUCCCCAUUGCCAGCUAAAUUCUGUACAAUGGGGCUUUUAUUCCCGGCAAUAAUCACGAGGAUCGACGCCUACCUCCAAGCUUACGAUGUCUGUAAACUUUUUAAGGUGCAAAUUGACCUUGAGCUUGCUUUAGAAGCAAUCACAAAGGAUUCUGACAAUACACAAGAGCACGAUGAAGAGCCACAGAAUAAGCGUCGAGGCAUGGUGACAAAUUAUGAACGGCUAGAGUUCCUGGGCGGUGAGUUGAACAAUUGUUUCUUGAAACUCGGGACAACUAUCGCUCUAUACUCUACUAACCCUGAUCAAGAUGAAUUCGCUUACCACGUUGAGAGAAUGGUACUUGUCUGCAACAGAAGCCUUUACGAGCGCGCUGUUGAGCUCGAGUUGUACAAGUAUAUUCAAAGCGAAGGAUUUUCCAGACGUCUAUGGUACCCGAUGAUAACACUCAUCAAGGGAAAGGCAGUGGGGAAAACUGAAUCGCAAAGAACCCAUCGAUUGAGCGACAAGUCUAUGGCUGAUGUAUGCGAGGCGCUGAUCGGGGCGUCGCUGUGUGGAGGCGGGCUUGAUAUGGCCGCACGUAUGGUGACCACUCUUGUCAACAAGUCCAUUCAUAAAGUCAACAGUUUCAAAGAUUAUUAUUCCCUUUAUACUCUCCCGGAAUAUCAAAUAGGUCCAGUCAAUGCAUCCCAGCAAGAACUUGCGGACAAGAUUGAAAGAGACAUGGGGUAUAAGUUUAAAUACCCCCGUCUACUCAGAUCUGCGUUUACACACCCUUCCUUUCCGACCAUGUGGGAGAAGAUUCCUUGUUACGAGAGACUUGAGUUCUUGGGGGAUGCUUUGAUUGAUAUGGCGUGUGUUGAAGACCUUUGGGAAAGAUUUCCUGGUAAAGAUCCUCAAUGGUUGACGGAACACAAGAUGAGUAUGAUCAACAACCGUUUCCAAGGAGCUUUGUCGGUCAAACUCAAGUUCCACACUCAUCUUCGCGCAAUGGGCGCCCAUAUCAAUUCAGCUGUCCAGGAGUAUGUACAGCUUAUCGAAGAGGCUCGAAUUGCCUCUAAUGAUUCUGUUGACUAUUGGAUUGACGCCAAGCAGCCACCCAAGGUCCUCCCCGAUAUAUUGGAAGCUUACGUCGGGGCUAUCUUCGUUGAUUCGGGCUUCAACUACGAUGUGGUCACCAGUUUUUUCCGCACUCACGUUCGUCCUUUCUUCACUGAUAUGUCCAUAUUUGACUCCUUUGCCGGCAAUCACCCAGUCACUCAUCUGACUACACGCAUGACAGAGCUUGGAUGUAGUGACUUCCGUAUCUUCUCAAAGGAGUACAAGGAUCGGGACAAGAGCUAUGUUUUAAGCGUCGUCAUCUUCCACGACAAAAUCCUAGCGGAGGGUAAAGCCUCCUCCAAAAAGAACUCAAGAACCAAUGCGGCUAAACAUAGUUUGGAGAAAUUGGCCACAAUGUCGGCAGCUGAGUUCCGGAAGAAGUGCACCUGUGAUGAGAUACGGAAAGCCGAGGCGGAAGAAAGGGAGGAGGAAAGGGCGAAGAGGGCGUUUGAAAGGGAGAAUAUGGAACUAUAA